CUCAGAGAUCAUAACGUGGUUGCGUUGAACAGAAGAGCAAAAUAAACUUUAAUAGUAACUUCAUGGCGAUGUUCCGGUUGUCCAGCACUGCCAAGAGGAGCAUGUCUGUCACAACAGUACUGAGCUGUCCUACUGUCCCACUUUCCAAUGGUCUGCAGAUUCCAAUAUUGGGCUUAGGCACGUCACACAAUGGCGGAUACUCUCAUGAUGCCAUCGUGUAUGCCCUCACUGAGUGUGGCGUGCGCCACAUUGACACAGCCAAACGCUACAGCUGUGAGGAGAAACUUUGCAAAGCAAUCAGAGAAAGUGGGAGAGCACGAAGUGAUCUGUGGCUCACCAAUAAACUGUGGCCGGGGGACUACGGGUACAAAGCUGCAAAGAAGGCCUGCCUCGACUCCUGCUCACAGAUGGGGGUGGAUUAUCUGGAUCUGUACCUGAUGCACUGGCCAGGGUCACUGGAACCUGGUUGCUCCAACCGUGAGAUGAGGGCUGACACCUGGAGAGCUUUGGAGGAGCUUUAUAAAGAAGGGGUGUGUCGUGCUAUUGGAGUGAGCAACUUUCUGGUCCGCCACCUGGAACAGUUAAAAGAAGACUGUAGCGUUGUGCCACAUGUUAACCAGGUGGAGUACCAUCCUUUCCAGCAGCCCAGACAGCUGAUAAAAUACUGUUGUCAGGAGGGAAUUGUGUUUGAAGGCUACAGUCCUCUGGCUAAGGGUCAAGUCUUCAGUGAUCCAACGGUUCUCCAGAUAGCAGAAAAGCACAGACGCACACCUGCACAGAUCUGCGUCCGCUGGAGUAUUCAGAAUGGAGUUGUCACGAUACCAAAAUCCAUCAAAAAGGAGAGGAUACUAGAAAACUGUCAAGUGUUUGGGUUCCAGCUGGACGAGUCGGACAUGGCCGCUUUGGCAAGGUUGCACGAUGACAGACACGUGACCUGGGACCCAACCGAUGUGGAGUAAGGAUGCGAUUUGAUGACACAUGAGAAAACUCGGAGGGUGUUUGUCCUGGAACCAGUUUUUUAAAUGGCCGUUAGAUGAAGAACUAAUGUUGAGAUCGGUAAUAAGAUUUUAAUCAGCUAUUUGUUCAUUAUCGUUUGCCUGGAAGGAGACUAAGCUUUAAUGUGAGGCUCAUUCAUCUCAGCUCCCUCUUCUGUGAACCAACACAACAAGUGCCUUACUUUAUAGAAAUGACAACUUACUUUUGAUAAUGCAAGAACAACUAGAUGUUACAAUCAUAGUUACCAUAGAAAAACAUGAUUCUAGCUGACAAAUUCUUUCCAAAUACUGAAUAUUUUUUUUGCUGAAAUAAAGUUUUCACACUGAGUUUUUGUUGACAUUCUUCAUCAAUCUUUUUGCAGAUU